CCACCAGCGGACUACAGUCCUCCUGGAUGGCCGUCCCUUUUCUGGCCUCCGCUGGAGGACCGCUACGUCCUGUACCGCCUCGGUGACAUGGUGCGGUUCACGGUGUUCUGGACGCUUGUCAUGUAUGCUGCCUUUCACUGGGCUGCCGUUGGGAUCGCUCUGUUCGUGCAGAUCGGCAAGCGGCGGACGAAUUGGAAGUACUUGUGGACAGUUCCUAUCAUCUACUCUGUGAUAGCGGCAUUUGAGGCGCUGAUCGCGGGCAGCGUAACGGGUGCAAUGGUCGGUGCUAUUUACAUAGCUGGCGGAUGGUAUAUGACGACGUGGAUCCCGUUCAUCUGGGGCUGGGCCAACGUCUUUGUACUGGUCGUUUCUUCGUUCUCUAUCUCGGGCGGUUUAUGA